AUGAGUUCACAAGCAAGAUAUAAUGCAAAUUCUUUAUCCAUGUCAUAUGAUGAAACAAGUUUUCAACAAGAAAAAAAAGAAGGUUUACGAACUAAACUUCGAGAGAAAUUAAUUCCAAUUGGAAAACGUGGACAAGAUCCUCAAAAUAGAAAAAGUUCAGUACCUGAUAUAACUAAUUUAACUCCACAAAGUCAAGAACUUAUUUUACGUGCAGUUGAUUCAAUAAAAAAAGAAGAUAGUGAAAGUAUUAUGAGUACACUAGAUGAAAGUCGUGAUAUAUUAAGAAGUUCAUUCGAAGAAUUUAAACGUGAACAAGAAGAAUAUCGAAAACAACUUCAAGAAAUUUCAAAAGUGAAAGAAGCAGCAAUGGGAAGACAAAAGGAAAAUUCAAUUCCACUUUCAAUAUUUUUAAAACAAAAACGUAAUAAUGAAGGUCUUGCUGAUCUACGUCCUAAUUCAAGUAUGAAUGUAACAUAUCAAGCAUAUUUUGAAGCUCUUCUUACAACGAAUAAAAAUGAACAACAACAUCCAACAGAUAAAGCAGCUGUUGUAAAAUAUAUUCGUCGACGUGAAAGACGUAAACGUGCAGAAGAAAAUAAAAAAAAUCAUCAGUUAACAGAUGACGUUCUCGAAAAACAAACAGCUGAAAUUAUUGAAAAAAUGGAUGGUAUAGAUAUAAAAUUAGAAAAUGAAAGACAACGACAAAAUGAUAUAUUACGUGCGCGUAUGAAUGAAAAGAAAUUAAAAUCAAAUAAUAUGCUGCAAGCAAAUGAAAUUCUUGGUCAAGCUAAUGAAGCUAAUUUAGCUCGUCAACGUAUUGAACAAGCACAACGAGACAAAAUUGAAGCACGUUUAUCAGCAGUUCGUAAUCAACCAGUUCAUAGUCCAAUAAAUAUGAUUCAUGUACAAAGUAAUAUAAAUGAAAAUGAUGAUGAAACAUUAAAUGAUGAACAGGUACAAACAAAUAAAAAGUCUCUUCAAUUAUUACAUGAUAAUAAUGGCUAUGAACAAGCACGUUCAACAACACCAGUUUAUGGUGAUGAUGAAAGAAAUCAUAAAGUUCCAAAUAUUCAUAUUUAA